UACAUUUGACACAUCUCGUCGUCUCAUUAGGGAGCGCGUACUGUUUUGUCAGGGAACCAUAACUAUGGCGGACAAUUACCAGUACCCCGUUUAUUUCGAGUGUCACAGUCUUCUUUCGGAGAAGGACAACAAGAAAACUGAGAUGUUUUUCCGCGUUCACAGGCUGUCCGGCGGAGGAGACUGCGGUCCACUAACCAGAGUGGCUGAUAACUUCUACAGCAUCGCGUUCAAAAGUCAGGAAGAUCAACAGGAAGUGUUGAGGAGAUCUAAGCAUGUCGUUGAGCUCACUGAGGGUCGUCUGGUGUUGAGUGUCAGGGGCGACCUGUCACAUGACUCCACCGCUGCAGCGCCAGCAGAGACCCAGCAGUCCAUUCCUGACCUCACUGAUGCAGUGGUUGAAACUAGUGACUGGAAAGGAGAGGAAGACCAACUGGGUGAUGGUACGCCAGUCCAUUUUGAUGAAAAUCCACAUGAGGGUGAAGCUCAACACUACAGAGGAGAAGACAGCAGAUCAAGGAUCUCAGGUGUGGGAGGUACUUUGGUGAACGCAGAGUCGUUGGAUGUAGAGGAGGAGCCACGUUUCGAUGAGAGCUCUAUAAAGGUGGUGAGGGCCAUGCAAAAACCAUCUGACAGGCGGCUUCUGGGGCAAAGUGCCGCCUACGGUACAGGAAGCGAAGAUUCACUUGGAAGGGAGUUUGAUUCUGCUGGACAAAACGUAGCCAGAGGAGCCACAGCCGCAGCUCCCAAAGGUCCUGUCCAGGUUGAGGUUGUUCAGGGGACCAUUGAAAGCCAGCAGACAGAUGCAGUGGUAUCUCCAAUGGUCUUCAACGAUCCUCUGUCUACUCGUGUUGGAAACAUUCUCAGUGAAGCAAUUGGUCGAGAUGUGACUCAAAGGGUUAAACAGAAGUCAGAAGAUAAAAUGGGGCCUGGUGACGUCAUACUAGAGGAAAAUUUGACUGGAGUUCCUUUUGGUGCCGUGUUCUUCCUCAGCCUUGUUCAGUGGGAUGCAGAAGACGAUGGAAUCGCGGUUCAGGUUCUCCGACUGGGCAUCAACCAAAUUCUGACUUCCUGUGAGAGCAAAGGGUUCGGCUCUGUAGCCCUACCUGCACUUGGGACUGGCAUUGCUCUGUGUUUUCCAGUCACUCUGGUAGCCAGGGUUUUACUGGAGGAGAUCUCUAAAUUUGAACAGGAGAGAACCACCAGCGCACCAGUUCGAGUUCUCCUUGUUCUACCAGAUCCAGAGGAUGUAGAGAUAUUCAAGUGUGUACAAGAAGAUAUGAAGUACAACAGAUUUACUGAACAUGAUCAUGACUCCAGUCCAACGAGGAUCGUUCUGCUGGGGAAAACUGGAGCUGGGAAAAGCCACCUGGCUAACACCAUUCUGGGGGAGGAAGUUUUUACUAUAUGCCAUUCUCCUAACUCAGGCACACAAACAUGUCAAUCAGAGACCAGAACAGUCAGUGGGAGGUGCCUCCAUUUGAUCGAUACGCCUGGUUUCUUCGACACCGACAAGUCGAAAGAAGAGUUGAAUCCGGAGAUAAUGCGUUGCCUCACGGAGUGCGCACCUGGACCGCACAUCUUUCUCAUUUUACUUAGAGUUGGCAGAUUCACAAAGCAAGAGCAGCAGGUUAUCAAAGAAAUAUGCGAUCGUUUCUCAGAGGAUGCUCUGAAAUAUGCUGUAAUCGUGUUCACUCACGGUGAGCAGCUCCACGAAGGGAUGAAAAUCGAAGAGUUUGUCAGUCAGAAUGAGGAUCUGAGUAAUCUGGUGAAGAAGUGUGAAGGUCGGUGCCAUGUGUUUGAUAAUAAACACUGGAACGGAAACAGGCAAGAUGAUUACAGGAACAACCAGGUCCAGUUAGAGGCAUUCCUUCAGACAGUAGACAAGAUGAUGGUGGAAAAAAACGGAUCCUACUACACCAAUGCCGUUCUGCGACACGUAGAAGAAAGGAUCCAGAAGCAAGAGCAGCAGAUUAGAGAUCUGGCAGUGUACUUACCCCCACAGGAGAUCAGGAAGCAGGCUAAAACUUUUGUGUCUAAUGAAUUUCUGAUCAAGUUAGCGGGUACUGCCACCGGUGCUUUGUUGGGGGCAUUUUUUGGAGUGGCAGCAUUAUUGGAAGUUGUAAUGAAAGUUGUAAACAAUCCCACUGAAGUGAUGAAACGCGUGAAAAAUCUAACAACGAUGGCACCUGCAGUGGCUGCAGCGGGAAGUGAGGUGGCAGUCGUGGCUGGUUGUGCCGUGGCAGGUGUUGCUGUAGUAGGUGCAACUACUUUAGGGGGAAUUCAAGGUGGUGCUAUUGGAUGUGAAGCAUCUAAGGAGGCGAAAACACCGAUGGAGGCAAUUGAGAAGAGUUCUGAGGCUGUUAUGAAGGAGAUGCUGCCACAAAAUUUGUCUCCAUGGUUGACACUAGGGGGCGCAGCUCCGGAGUAUAUAUUGAAAACGCCUCGUCGUGUCUCGGAGAAAUGCGAACUGUUAUGUCUGACGUUCGGGCGUGAAGCGAUAACUAUGGGGGACAGUUACCAGCACCCCGUUUAUUUCCGGUGCCGGACGCUUCUUGUGGAAAAGAACAGAAGGAAAACUGAGACCUACUUCCGUGUUCACAGACGGUCCGGCGGGGGAGACUGCGGUCCAUUGACAACAGUGGCUGACAACGUCUACAGCAUCGCGUUCAGAAAUCAGGAAGAUCAACAGGAAGUGUUGAGGAGAUCUAAGCAUGUCGUUGAGCUCACUGACGGUCGCCUGGUGUUGAGUGUCAGGGGCGACCUGUCACAUGACUCCACCGCUGCAGCGCCAGCAGAGAACCAGCAGCCCAUUCCUGAGAUAACUGCCCCACUGAGUGGUAAAGGAGUUGAAGAACAAGCAGAAGAACACAAGCGUCCUGCGCUGAAGGACUCCCCUGAUGCUGAGGAACUGCUCGCCUCUGGUUUUUACUCUGCUGAGCAUUACCAAAAGGAGGAAGAGACUUUAGUGAGAAGAUUAUCUCAAACUGACGCUGUGGGUGAACUUAGUUACUGGAAAGGAGAGGAAGACCAACAGCGUGGUGGUACUCCAGACCACUCUCACAAAGAUCUGCAUGAGGCUGCAGCACAGCACUACAAAGAUGAAGUCAGCACAGCGAGGACAGCAGUUGUGGCAGGUACUCUGGUGAAAACAGAGAUGUCAGAUAUAGAGGAUAAGCCAUGUUUAGUUGAGAGUUUGGGAACUUUGCAUUUGGCUGAAAAAACUGCAGUAGCCACUUACAACCUUACUGAUGAUCUUCAGUUGAUGGUGUAUCAGGGAGACAUCACCACGUUUGGGGCUGAUGCCCUGGUGAGCUCUUCCAAUGAGGAUCUGAAUCAUUGUGAAGGCAUUGCUGCUGCUCUGACUCGGGCUGGUGGUCCUGACGUACAGCUUGAGAUUGAUUCUUUAAGGAAACGUAAAGGACAAAUCCCUACGGGUGAAGUUGUAGCGACCAUUGGGGGUAAUUUACCUUGCAGAAGACUGCUGCAUGCUGUUGGACCUGUGGCUGGAAAAGCAGCUGGUAAGGAGAGGGUGUUACUGGAAAGAACUGUUCGGCAUGCUCUGAGUGUGGCGGAAUUGAUGAAAUUUAAGUCCAUCGCCAUGCCGUGUAUUGGCUCAGGAGUGUUUGGCAUUCCCGUCGCAGUUUGCUCUGACGCCAUUGUGUGUGCUGUCAAGGAUUUCUGUAGUGAGGGUGGAAAGAGUCUUAAGACAAUUUCACUGAUAGAUGACAGAGGAGAGGUGGUGAGGGCCAUGCUAGAAGCAUGUGAUAGGCAUCUUCUGGAGCAAAGUGCUGCCCACCCUACAGAACACAAAGAUUCACUUGAAAGGGAGUUUGAGUCUGAUGGACGAAAUGUAGCCACAGCUGCAGCUCCCAAAGGUCCUGUCCAGGUUGAGAUUGUUCAGGGGACCAUUGAAAGCCAGCAGACAGAUGCAGUGGUAUCUCCCAUGGUCUUCAACGAUCCUCUGUCUACUCGUGUUGGAAACAUUCUCAGUAAAGCAAUUGGUCGUCAUGUGACUCAAAGGGUUAAACAGAAGUCAAAAGAUAAAAUGGGGCCUGGUGACGUCAUACUAGAGGAAAAUUUGACUGGAGUUCCUUUUGGUGUCGUGUUCUUCCUCAACCUUGUUCAGUGGGAUGCAGAAGACGAUGGAAUCGCGGUUCAGGUUCUCCGACUGGGCAUCAACCAAAUUCUGACUUCCUGUGAGAGCAAAGGGUUCGGCUCUGUAGCCCUACCUGCACUUGGGACUGGCAUUGCUCUGUGUUUUCCAGUCACUCUGGUAGCCAGGGUUUUACUGGAGGAGAUCUCUAAAUUUGAACAGGAGAGAACCACCAGCGCACCAGUUCGAGUUCUCCUUGUUCUACCAGAUCCAGAGGAUGUAGAGGUCUUCAAAUCUGUCCAAGAAGAUAUAAAGUACAACAGAUGUACUGAAAAUGAUCUGGAGCGUGAUCGACAUCAGGACUCCAGUCCAACGAGGAUCGUUCUGCUGGGGAAAACUGGAGCUGGGAAAAGCCACCUGGCUAACACCAUUCUGGGGGAGGAAGUUUUUACUAUAUGCCAUUCUCCUAACUCAGGCACACAAACAUGUCAAUCAGAGACCAGAACAGUCAGUGGGAGGUGCCUCCAUUUGAUCGACACGCCUGGUUUCUUCGACACCGACAAGUCGAAAGAAGAGUUGAAUCCGGAGAUAAUGCGUUGCCUCACGGAGUGCGCACCUGGACCGCACAUCUUUCUCAUUUUACUUAGAGUUGGCAGAUUCACAAAGCAAGAGCAGCAGGUUAUCAAAGAAAUAUGCAAUAGUUUCUCAGAGGAUGCUCUGAAAUAUGCUGUAAUCGUGUUCACUCACGGCGAGCAGCUCCAAGAAGGGAAGAAAAUCGAAGAGUUUGUCAGUCAGAAUGAGGAUCUGAGUAAUCUGGUGAAGAAGUGCGAAGGUCGGUGCCAUGUGUUUGAUAAUAAACACUGGAACGGAAACAGGCAAGAUGAUUACAGGAACAACCAGGUCCAGUUAGAGGCAUUCCUUCAGACAGUAGACAAGAUGAUGGUGGAAAAAAACGGAUCCUACUACACCAAUGCCGUUCUGCGACACGUAGAAGAAAGGAUCCAGAAGCAAGAGCAGCAGAUUAGAGAUCUGGCAGUGUACUUACCCCCACAGGAGAUCAGGAAGCAGGCUAAAACUUUUGUGUCUAAUGAAUUUCUGAUCAAGUUAGCGGGUACUGCCACCAGUGCUUUGUUGGGGGCAUUUUUUGGAGUGGCAGCAUUAUUGGAAGUUGUAAUGAAAGUUGUGAAAAAUCCCACUGAAGUGAUGAAACGCGUGAAAAAUCUAACAACGAUGGCACCUGCAGUGGCUGCAGCGGGAAGUGAGGUGGCAGUCGUGGCCACCGGAGUGGUGGCAGGCGUCGCCACAGUAACUGCAGCUGUCGCAGGAGGAGCACGAGGCGUUGCUAUUGGUCAGGAAGCAUCUAAGGAAGCGAAAACUCCGAUGGAGGCAAUUGAGAAGAGUUAUGAGGCUGUUAUGAAGGCAAGAAGUACAUUUAGGAUUCUUCCACAAAAUUAAAGGUGCGUUCCCACCAGCUCUUGUUUAAUCCGACUGUAGUUUAUUUAUCUAGAGCAAGUUUAUCCAAAGUCAGUCCUCGGGGGCCGACAUCCUGCUUCUCUCCCUGGUGUUAGUAACAACCUUCUCAGCAGGUCAGUGUUCUCCUAAGGCCUCUAACGAGCCAUCAUUUGAUCCAGAUGUGUUAAACCAGGAAGAGAACUAAAACAUGCAGGAUGCCGGCCCUCUAGGACCGACUUUGGACACCCCUGAUCCAGAGAGUCUGGUCUGUUUGGGGAGGUGUGAAUGCACAACUGAACUCUGAGGGCCAAAAAAACUCAGAGUUUGAAAACAACCUCUAAGGUGUGAAAACAACCUAACAUUUGGUAUUGGCAAUCGUAAAGCUUGAAGUUUUGAGUAAUGUUUUUAUUCUUUGCAUUUAUCUUAAACAUUCAGGGUUUUUUGUGCUAUUUCUUGCUCUGUUGAGGCGUUUUGAGUGACUUCUAACCAUGGAAAUUACAGCAUCAAUGUGUAGCUGGCAGGUCUGCAGAAAUGAUCAUGUUAGAUCCAGAACAGCAAAGGAAUGUUUCAUAUGAGCUACAUAGCAUCUCGUAGAACCAGAGCUGAUAAGAGAUAAUAUCUUUAGUACAAACACUUGGUUUGUGCUGCUGCAUUUAACAAACUGCCUUUUAUAGGAAUGUAUACUCUUAGCCUGUAUUGGCGAGGUUUCAGCACUAGAGGGCAUCCUCAGUUUUUUUUACUUUUUUAAAAAUUCCUGCUUUUGUAAUGGUACUUUAUAAAUCCUACAACCGCUUUUUCUAAAUACUCUUCAUUCUACUUGUUGAUGCACUUUUGGUGAUAGUAUUCCUUGUUUUAACUGGACAUUCUUUUAAAGACGGACAGGGUUUAUUGUCACUGUUACCUUGUUUGAAGAUUUGCAUGUUAUUUAAUUUCUUUGUAAAAAUGACACUUGGUGUGAGUUCUCGCCUAAUUUAUUAGUGGGUCAUUCAAUCUGUUGACUUGGUGUUUUGCACAUUUAUUCUAUGUUUGUUGACUUUACGAAAUAACCUACAGUACAUACUGUACCUUUUAAUGUAUUUGAAUAAAGUUUCUAAAAAAUAAAAGCA